AUGAACUUCAAGCUGAUCUUUCUCGUAGCGCUGGUGCUGAUGGCUGUCUGCCUUGGCGAGAGCGAGGGACGCCCGUUCAAGAAGUUCCUGAGGAAGCUGCGCGGUGCCGGUCGGCGCGUUGCCAAUGCGGCACAGAAGGCUGCACCGUUGGCGCUGGGCGUAAGGGGUGUCCUUGGAUAA